GCCGACACUCGCCAUCAACCGUCUGUUCACCAUGUCACAGGGCAACACCGCAACACGGGAUUGGCUCACGGAGUGGCAGAAGAUUGUGGCCGUGCCCAAUCUGGACUUGCCAUUCACGCAUCUACGCUGUGAGUUCUACAACAGGUCCUGUGCUGCAUUGAGCCAGACUCUUGGUGAUCGCGAGCAAUACAACACCUUCACCGAAAUCAUUGACAAGGCGAGGGAGAUCAUCAAGACCGACAGGCCAGCUGCACACGAGAAAUCAACAUGGCAGCCGACCUAUGUGGAGAAGGUACGAACUGGUCCGCGACCGCAGCACUUCGCUGCAGUCCAGUCGGACAGUGGAGAUAACCCAGCAGCCACUCCAGCAUCAGGUGACGGAGAUCAGGUGGCUGCUGUCCAGCCGCGAAGCAACAACAAGUCCCGCAAUAAUGGGAAGGCGAAACCAGCAUUGCAGGCCGGAAAUGGACAACCUCCAUGGGUCAAGUUCAGCUUGACCGAGGCGGAGUACAAGGUCCGCGGCCGCUACGGCAGCUACUAUUGGUGCAACAGCACCAAGCACAAGACCUCCCUGUGCCAAGAUCAGGGCAAGGAGGAUACAAUCAGGAACGCCGGCCCUCUCCCACGCAUCGACGAUCUUCUCGAGCCACUGGGCGGCGCCAAGUUCUUCUCCAAGCUGGACCUCAAGUCGGGAUAUCACCAACUCGAGAUUCGCAAGGAGGAUCGCUACAAGACCGCGUUCAAGACACGGUAUGGGCAUUUCGAAUGGCUGGUCAUGCCGUUUGGCCUUACGAAUGCCCCAGCCACUUUCCAAGCGGCUAUGACAACGGAGUUCCGACACAUGCUGGAUCAGUUUGUACUCAUCUACCUCGGCGACAUCUUGGUGUACAGUCGGAGUUUGGAAGAGCAUGUGGAACACCUGCGCACCGUUUUGGAGCGGCUACGACAGGCCAAGUACAAAGCAAACCGCGACAAGUGCAAGUUCGCACAGCAGGAGCUGGAGUACUUGGGACACUAUGAGACGUCGAAAGGCAUCCGCCCGCUUGCGGACAAGAUCGAGGCCCUACGAGUAUGGCCCGAGCCCACCAACACCACAGGCGUUCGUUCCUUCAUGGGACUGGCGGGACUAUCAGCUAUUCAUCACCGGAUAUUCCAGGAUUGCUGCACCUAUGACGAGGUUACAGUCGCCAAAGAAGACAUAGUCAGUGACCGCGACACUCGCUUCAUGUCGGCAUUUUGGACUGCUCUCAUGCAGGAGUCCGGCAUGAAGAUGAAACCAAGUUCGGCUCGGCAUCCACAGACGGACGGGCAAACGGAGCGGGCACAUCAAACCGCUAAAAUGAUGCUUCGUACGCUCAUCUGUCCGGACCAGAAAGAUUGGGUUGACCGCCUCCUCUACAUCGAGUUCGCCUACAACACUUCGGUGCAUCCGGCGAUUGGCGUGACUCCAUUCGAGUUGCACCACGGUGGACGGAAAGGACGGAUCUUCGCGGAACUUCUCCUCCCUCGACCAGCCGACAUUGACGCUGCCUGCUCUCCCGCUUCCGUUCGGAAGUACAGAGAAUUGCUGACUCAAGCCCGCGCAAACAUGCAAAAGGCUCAAGUCCGCAUGCAGCAGCAAGCCAACAGGCGUCGCGUACCAUGUCCCAUCCGCGCCGUUGAUAUGGUUUGGGUCUCCGCGGAAGAGUUUGCACUGGAACAGGAUGUUUCACGCAAACUGCUUCCCAAGUGGUUUGGACCUUGGUCUGUGACAGCAGUCGCGGGCGAUGAGCCCGAUGGCCCUUCAUUUGUGAUCAACAUUCCAGAGCGUCUGACGGUCCAUCCGGUCUUCCACGCCUCGAAGCUGGCAACAUACACGCCAACCAAGAGCGACGACUUUCCGGGCCGACGAUCGCAGGACCCUCCUAUGGAUGGUCAUCAGGAAGUUGACCGCGUCAUCACCGAUCGCAACUCCUCCAACACCUCCGAUCGCCUCAAUGCAUUGGAGAUCGACGUCGGAACCCUCAAGGACGACGCGCAGCUACAGCAAACCGCCACGCAACAAUUGGAGCAGCGGAUCUGUGCUGUCGCCUCCACACCGAGUUCGGCACCGCGUGAGACGACUCCAAAGUUCGAUGGUCAGGAGAUCUUCUACAAUUCGACGAAGACGGACCCGAUUCCGUGGUUCCGCAAGUUCGAGCUCAAGUUGCAGCUACACCACGUCAGCGAGGACAAGCAUCACACGUACUUAUACUCCCGGUCGGGGGGCACGUGCCAAGCAUGGUUGGACAAUCUCUUGUCCAAGUACGGGGUGGUAGCUGCCGACUUGUACACCAAGAUCAACUGGGAUGAUCUAAAGGCCGAGUGGCAUAAGCGGUUCCAAGUAGAUCUGUCGGAGAUCAAGGCCAUGGACAAAUUGCUGACCUUUGAACAAGGCAUGCUGCCGAGUGUUGACUGGAUUGCCGAGUACCAACGCUUGACAUCCAUCCCAGACAUUCAGAUGGGCUUCAAGGCCGUCAAACACUACUUUAUCACGAGGUCGUGUCCGGCGUUGGGCAACGCCUUGACUCACGUCGAGGACACCCAAAUGACAACGGCGGAGCUCUUCGACAAGGCCGCGCAGAUCCUUGUCACGAACAAGGAGGCUAAGAACCUCAACCGUUCAUCUGCGGCAGGCCCGAGCAGAGAUCAGCAUCGGCUGAAAGUGGCCGUGGUCGUGGCGACAACGCCAACCGACCCUUCUAGCGAGGCCGUGUCUGCCAAUGAAGGGGACAGACUCGCAGCCGCCCGGAAUGGUGGCCGCCCCGACAAAGGCUGAGGACACGGCAAGACGAAGAC